UCGGUCGGUUCAGUAUGAUCAAUGUGACCAAACACCCGGAGUUGCAUAUCCGCUCAGUCACUGAGACCGAGUUGGCCGGUCUCGAAGUACGCUGUGUACUCCAGUCCAUCGUGGACGAGUCAGUCAAAGUGGAGAGACCAGAACGGGGACGAUUACAGCGUUUACAGUUGGGAUUCUCGUACAACGAGCUGCGCAGUGUUGGAAGCGAAAUCAGCGUCCUACGGGGUUCUACGAUCGAGCUUCCGUGGGCCGUGGAAGGCGAAGUGCGGGUUCGGGUUGAUUGGUUCUAUCUCAAUGAUGCCAGUCGGAAUAGACAAACAAUUGCCCUGGACUCAUCCUCAUCUUCCUCAGCAUCCGGUGGCGGGGCGAGUGCAACCGGGACCUCGUCCGGUGCACAGAAAUCUAACGAACUGUCCUCUGAGUUGUUACGACAGUCGUCCGGGGUGAACAAUCGUGUACUUCCAUGGGGCACAAAAUACGAACUUGUGGAUGGUGCCUUUGGGAAUUUGCGACUGGUUAAUUUGUCCGUGCAAGAUUCUGGGCAUUAUAUUGCCGAGUCCGCUCACGGAGCUCGAUCACUUCAAGUCAAGUACAGUGUGCGGGUCAGGGCUCCGCUCGGUGUGAAAAUUACUCCUCAGAUGCGAACAGUGGACUGGGGUAGUCGGGUCGAAUUGUCAUGCGAAGUGACGGGCCAUCCCCGUCAACUGGUGUAUUGGCUUCAUAAUGCUCAUCUGGUUCCACGACGGCAUCAUGUACGUACAGUGGUCCCGACAACCUCGUCAGAUUCGAACGACCAUGUGACGAGUCGAUCAAGUGCUGAUUCCUUCACCGAACGUCUGAUCAUCGAAGCGUUCACAUUGGAAGAUGUGGGCGUGUAUCAGUGCAUUGCUGAAAAUGGACAUUCCGCUGAGCGUUUGAGUCUGAGCGCAAUGGACUCCCUUGUCCACACACGUGUCACAUCUGGUCCACCGGCGACAGAUCGAAGAGGUUCCGGUACGGGCACAACAGGUGGUUCGGAUACCGAAGGUGGAUUCUUUUCGUUUGACGGUCGAUCUUCUGCAUCGGCUUCUUCGGCUUCGACCGGGACCAGUUCAGUCAGCUCCUCAUCCACGUCAACCGGUGAGGGUGUCGGCGAUUUGAUUGAUAAUGCUCAGGCUACUGCUCUGCUCACCAUGGGUAAAAUGAGACCAUCACUUACGUGGCAACAUCCGGCGGUUGAGGCGAAUGCGAUUGCCGCGCAAGUGCUUUUGUCCAUUCGAACAGGAGUGACAGAUGUGAUGCUUGAGUGUCGUUUUGCGGCCAAUCCGAUCCCAAACAUCACAUGGUAUCGUGACGAUGAACCGGUACCAUUGGAUGAGUUUGGAGUGAUCAGUCCCCAAGUACUGUCAGACAAUCAGACCGCGUACACAACGAUCACGCGGUUAACUAUCAAUAUUCGCAAAAUACCAGAUUUAGAUGAUUUGUGGACUUUCGGUGGUGAAUACCGGGCUGUUGCUUUGAAUGACUACGGUCAAGCAGACUGUCGCUCAUACGUCCUCUUGGAAACCUUACUACGGCUUCGUAAACCGGAGAUGUCUAAGCCAGCAAUUGCCGGUCGAGCGUAUACGAUGAAAUGCUACUUUAUCGGUAGCGGAAUCCCAUCGCUCCAGUGGCACCGGAUAAAAAUGGGUGAUGUCCAACGAAUCCCGGUCGAUCAUCGGCAUCAGCUGCUCGAAGACGGUCGAGCGCUACGUAUCACUGAAGUGAUGCAAGAGGAAGAUGAGGCCGACUAUCGAUGCACGGCAACUCUGGGGGAAAUGGUAGCGAACAUGACUGUACGGUUGAAAGUGUCACAUGCACCACGUCUGUAUGACCUACCACAGACAAGGCAAGUGAAAAACUCCCGGGACAUGCUAUCGUACAGCUGUGCAUUACAAAACAUGGCCGACAAACCUUGGUACGCGUGGUGGGAAUUCCAGCGAGAAGGUUCAACUUCCGUGAUCCGUUUACCACCACCGGGUUACAAACGCUAUGAGGGGUUCUACAUCUCAUAUGUGGCCGACGGAGCUAACGAGACCAAGACGUACACCAUCCCAAACAGUCUGUUCACCAAGGUCCCGGAUUUUGCCCACACUGAGGCCAAUUCGGCCGUUCAUGUGACGGUCAAACAAUUGCGCAAAGAGUUGCAUCAUGGUAACCUGACUUGUGUGGUUGCCAAUGAGGUUGGCUGGGAUCGGCAAUCCAUCCGAGUCACAUUUGUUCCAACCGGAUCGUAUGUGAGCGUUUCAGACUUGUCCGAAGCAACCAACGGUCGUAUCGCCCAGUUGUCCAACGGCACUCUUCUCCUGUCCUACGUGGACGAUUCGGAUCCGCGCGAGUUCCUUUGUUUCCUCAAGCCCGGACGCAUUUCCACAGCGGCUCAGCGUAGUUCUGCUGUGAAUUUGGAGGUUCACGUCCCAGCUCGUAUUGAACCGAUUGAGAAUUUGGAAAAGGUUCGCGGUUCUCGUUUCAAUCUCACAUGUAGCGUACACGGAGACCCGGAUGAUCUGCGCGCGGCAUGGUACUAUCGAUUAUCGCCCAAUUCCAAAUGGCAUCUGAUCGAUAAACCAUGUGUGGUUCCUCUGGCACUGAUUGAUGACAAUCGAGGCGCACUGCGUGAAGAUGGGACAAUGGAUCCUCGGUUGUUUGACGAUGAGGCUUCUCGCCUCGUGGACAGUGCUCCCGUUCAACAGGAGCUGAGCACAACGUCCACCAUUUCCAGCCUGGCCGAUUGUCAAAGUUAUGCUACCGAGGGACUGGAAAGUGGAAUUCUAUUCAGACAGAUCUCCUUCUUCAAACCGAACAAACGCGGAUUGGAUCGUCAGCUUCAAUUUUUCAGUGUCAAAGAGGUUCAUAUGGGUGAAUAUUUGUGCCGUGCCUCGAACAUGUACAACCGAAACCCAGACGGUGAACGGGUGGAGGUGGAAGCGUUUGCCCGACUGACUGUCAUCUGUAAGUCCAGCACUGAGGACGGAGUAGAUCUAUAUGUAUAUAUACACAUAUAUUAG